AUGCACAGAGUUAACUCAGAGAGUGGACUAGUCAUGAUAGACCCCAGGUUAUCCGCCAUUUUCACCAUCCCCCGUAUCCUGGGGACUUUCCCGAUGGACGAGAAGUUCCUCUUGUCCAAGAAGUGGCUCCCCUACAGCCUCAUCAUCCUAUCAAUCAACUUCUCUGAUCUUAUACAAAUUCUGGCCAUCCAAGUUGGGAAUAUAAAUGUUUAUAGCGAAAACGCCAUUAAUAUCUUUGAAAAUUUAAUCUCUCUGUCUGAUUCUGUCCACAACACAUACGAUCCUUAUGUAUUGAUUAGUGUCGUAUCAAUUUCAAUACGACUGGUCCUCUAUUUCUAUGCUCUUUUGCUUCCGAUGUUUCCAGGCCUGUUAUGGAAAAAUAUCGUGCUGAUUGUUUACAUAGCAGCCAGCGUCGCUUCUGUCGCUGCCAUCGCCCAUUCCAGCUGUAGUUUCUUGCAACAGAAUAUUCAAUACGUUCUUCGUUGGGUAUCCUAG